UAUUUAGAGCCUCAAGUUCAGUGAGUGACUACUUUAGUAGUAAGUUGCAUUUCCAGCCUCAUGUCCUUUUUACUCUCUUCCUUUCGCCCUAUCCCUCUGGCUUCAGCGCUAAAACAGUCAGCCAUGGAAACCAUUAGAACCUCCUCUAUUCCAUCAUUUCACGUCCCAGCUUCACUCGACAGAACCCAAUUCACCAAACCCAAAUUCUUGAAUUCCCAGUUUAAUACAUUACCAACUUCAUCUUUCUCAAGAAUUCAUACGAACAUAUCAAAAUUCAAGCUUUUCACCACCACAUCAUCACCAUCCUCUGUUUCAACAGAAUCCAUUCAACCACCUGAGCCAGAGUUUGAAGCUGCUUCCCAUGGAGAGAAGUUUGAUUGGUAUUCUCAGUGGUAUCCAGUUAUGCCAGUUUGUGAUCUGGACAAGAGGGUGCCACAUGCAAAGAAGGUGAUGGGCCUUGAUGUGGUGGUUUGGUGGGAUAGGAAUGAGAGUGCCUGGAAGGUAUUUGAUGAUACUUGUCCUCAUAGAUUGGCCCCAUUAUCUGAAGGAAGAAUUGAUCGGUGGGGGAGGUUGCAGUGUGUUUACCAUGGUUGGUGCUUCAAUGGCUCUGGAGACUGCAAGUUUAUCCCCCAAGCACCACCAGAUGGUCCUCCUGUCCACACAUUCAAGAAAGCAUGUGUAGCAGUUUAUCCCAGUACAGUGCAUCAUGAUAUUGUGUGGUUUUGGCCUAACACUGAUCCUCAAUACAAAGAUAUUAUUAUGAAGAAAAAACCUCCCUCUAUACCAGAAUUGGAUGAUCCAUCAUUCACAAAGUUAAUGGGAAAUAGAGAUAUUCCGUAUGGGUAUGAUGUCUUGGUUGAAAAUCUUAUGGAUCCCGCUCAUGUCCCCUAUGCACAUUAUGGAAUAAUGCGAACAAGAAAACCCCAAGUGAAGGUUGAUAGAGAAGGAGGAAGACCCAUUGAUUUGAGUGUCCAGAAACUAGACCGAGAUGGUUUCACUGGAAAGAUGGAUUGGGGCAGUAGUAAAUUUAUAGCACCAUGUAUAUUUUAUGCUUAUACUGAACCUGUGGCAGAUCAAGGUAAUGGAACUGUGUCUUCACCUCAUACCAAAAAGCAACUGUCAACGCAUCGGAGGAUGGCUUUAAUUUUUAUUUGCAUCCCAGUUAGUCCUGGCAAUAGCAGAUUGAUAUGGGUCUUUCCAAGAAACUUUGGAGUUUGGAUUGAUAAAAUUGUUCCACGAUGGGUGUUUCAUGUGGGACAAAACCUGAUUCUGGAUUCAGAUUUGUAUCUUCUUCAUGUGGAGGAGCGUAAGAUCAUGGAUGGUGGCCCUGCCAAUUGGCAAAAGGCUUGUUUUGUGCCAACCAAGUCAGAUGCCCUUGUGGUCGGUUUCAGAAGAUGGUUGAACAAGUAUGCUGGUGGUCAAGUUGAUUGGAGAGGAAAGUAUAGUGGGGCUCUUCCAUCAACUCCUCCUAGAGAACAGCUGAUGGACAGGUACUGGUCCCAUGUCGUAAACUGUCACAGCUGCAAUUCAGCACAUAAGGGUCUUAGUGCUCUUGAGGUCAUUCUGCAAGUAAUUUCCCUAGUUUCAAUUGGUAUUGUUGCUGCAGCCAAAGAAAGUGUCAUCUCAGCGGCUGCUAGAACUACACUGGUUACAAUGGCAGUAGUAUGCUUUGCAGCUUCAAGAUGGUUGUCUCACUUCAUCUACAAAACCUUCCAUUACCAUGACUAUAAUCAUGCCCUUCGCUGAAAUAUUUACUUACAACUAGGCAUUGAAAGUAGUGUAUUAGGCAAAUGUUGGUAUGACACAUCUAUGUAUAUAUAGUACAGAUUUGAAAUCAAUUCCAAUGGGUGAAAUUCUGCAGUUUUAGGCCAAA